CACUACAGCAAAGACAAGGGGGCCAUUUGCACCAAGCUGGUGAGGCCCAAGCGGAAGCAGGGCGCCAAGUCGGCCGAGGAGGAGCUGGCCCGGGCCGGCUGGUUACUGAACCUGCAGCAUUUGACGCUGGGAGCCCAGAUUGGAGAGGGGGAGUUUGGAGCCGUCCUGCAGGGCGAGUACUUGGGACAGAAGGUGGCCGUGAAGAACAUCAAGUGUGACGUGACAGCCCAGGCCUUCCUGGGGACCCGGGGCCGCGCGCUGGUGAACACCGCCCAGCUCCUGCAGUUCUCCCUGCACGUGGCCGAGGGCAUGGAGUACCUGGAGAGCAAGAAGCUGGUGCAUCGGGACCUGGCCGCCCGCAACAUCCUGGUCUCCGAGGACCUGGUGGCCAAGGUCAGCGACUUCGGCCUCGCCAAAGCAGAGCGGAAGGGGCUGGACUCCAGCCGGCUGCCAGUCAAGUGGACGGCACCCCGAUCUCGGACCCCACAGAAGUUCACCAGCAAAUCGGACGUCUGGAGUUUUGGGGUGCUGCUCUGGGAGGUGUUCUCCUACGGCCGGGCUCCGUACCCCAAGAUGUCGCUGAAGGAGGUGUCGGAGGCCGUGGAGAAGGGCUACCGCAUGGAGCCCCCCGAGGGCUGCCCGGGGCCCGUCCACGCCCUCAUGGGCA